UGGCGAUUCGAAGCCACAUGAGUGACACGUGGCGUGCCCGGCCCAAAGAACCUGUACAGCUCAAACGCCCAACCGCGCCAACCCGCGCGACGCAGCGCAGCAGACCUCGGCCGGCAUGGACGCGGACAAGGCUGCUUCCCUUCAGUCGACUUUACGUCAGGCACGUUUUGCCGAGGGCGAGGCCGAGCGCGAGCCGGCCGGGUGGCCCUCGGCGGCCAAGGCGCCGGGGCCACGGUUCCGGAAGCUGAGCACCGGCGCCACGGAGCUGCCUGACGACGACGAGGAGCGGGAGGAGCUGAGUCCGGCGGCCACGGACUCGGAUGAAGAUGAGUGCCCGACUCAACCGCCCUCCAGGGGUCAUCCGGACGUCGGCGCCAACGGCCUGAGGUUUGAACCGCAGAAGGUGGUGCCGACGCCGGGAUCACAGUCCCAUGGCACGGGGCGCUGCAAGCCAUGCUUGUGGUUCUGGAAACCUCAAGGAUGUCAGAAAGGCAACCGCUGUUCGUACUGCCACCUGUGCCCUCCCAAUGAGUUCACCGUCCGCAAGAAGCUCACCCGCCGGAGCAGCCGCAAGGAAACGACCGCUUUGGACAUGAUCGUGAGGCCACCACCUGGACUAGAGGAGACUGUGCCGGAGCUUUCCAUCGGCCAGGUCUUGCACCUCUCCGGCCGCUGCCGGCCUUGCGGCGCCUUCUUCAGGGGCAAAUGCACCCGUGGGGAGGAGUGCUUCCACUGCCACCUGUGCCUCUCAGAUGAGGCACGCCGCACCCAGGCGCGAGAAGAACUCGAGGGCCCAACCAUCAGCAGCUUGGCAUGGAUCUACCCGACGGGAGGCAUGGAGCGGUCUACCCGAGGGUGGAAUGGGUGACGCAUGAAAGCAACUUCUCUUGGGGAGGUCUACUCAUUGUUCUUCUCUUGGAUGGGAUGCGUGAUUGUGGGCGGCGUUUGCCCAUGUUUUCAGAGCCUCCAUCAUGGAUAUGAAGUGACUGCAUUGAGACUUCGGCCUGAGUCAAAUGAUUGCACACCUAUUAUAUACCGUAUUUGUAUCUACACAUAGAUUGCCGCCGUGUGCAGCACAGCCUUCAGCAAUUCCCACCCAAAUGCAUCAAAAAGGAUCCUUAACAAGUACAAGAGUGAAGCACAGUAUAUAGUAAACCUCUCCAAGAGCGAACCUUUUUCAAGUCAUUUGGCAACUCUAGCUGAACAAGCAGCAACGGAGCGUCCCCCCAGCGGCCUCCCGUCCCCCCUGCACCGAGGGAGCAUGCAAGUCGAAGCCGGGCGGAGCGUCGGGUUCAAAGCCAACCAUGCGCAAGACAUUUCUGCCUUUUCUUCCUUUUCAUUCAUUAAUUCAUAAAGCCAGCCAAAAGGGACGCCCGCUGCUCACGCCUUUCAGCAUGCCCAGGCCUGCCCACGCUCAUGCUCUAGGCAACGAUUGGCAAAUGCCUGGGCAUGAAAUGGCUCCAGGGGUACAUGGAAGGGUCAAUACUGCAGUUCUACAGACGGUAUAGAAGUAGAUGGUGGGGGGAGAUAUAUAAUGGGUCAUCCGG